UGCAUUAUGCUUUCCUUAGUUCUUUGCCUACAAAAUGGCGAUGUCAACAAUGAGAAGAUGAGUAGUGUCUUUGAGAAUUAAAAUAAACAUUUAUUUCUUUCAGUUAGUUUAGAAUUUCGUUUAAUUUACUAUAAAAGAUGAAUGGGUUAAGUUUCAGUGAGUUGUGUUGUCUUUUUUGUUGCCCUCCUUGUCCGGACAGAAUUGCAGCAAAAUUGGCAUUUUUACCACCUGAGCCAACUUACGAAUUCUCGUCAGACGAAAGUGGAAUAUGUACUUAUACAUUAACCGAGAGGGCAGAGUGGCAAUAUUCUGAAAGAGAUAAGGAAAAACUAGAGGGUUUCUUCACGAGGACAGAAAGAGGCAACAAAAUAGCCUGUCUUUUUGUUAGGUGUAGUCCCACAGCCAAAUUUACCAUCCUCUUUUCACAUGGAAAUGCUGUUGAUUUGGGACAAAUGAGUAGUUUUUAUUUAGGACUAGGUUCUCGAAUUAACUGCAAUAUCUUCAGUUAUGAUUAUUCAGGAUAUGGUAUUAGUGAAGGAAAACCGUCUGAAAAGAACCUUUAUGCUGAUAUUGAUGCGGCAUGGCAAGCACUGAGAAUGAGAUAUGGGAUCAGUCCAGAAAAUAUUAUUCUUUAUGGUCAGAGCAUAGGGACAGUGCCUACAGUUGAUCUAGCAUCAAGAUACGAUGUGGGUGCUGUUAUUCUUCAUUCACCUCUAAUGUCUGGCAUGAGAGUAGCCUUUCCCAACACAAAAAGGACCUGGUUUUUUGAUGCAUUUCCUAGUAUUGAUAAAGUUUCUAAAGUUAUGUCACCCACCUUGGUUAUUCACGGUACAGAGGAUGAAGUUAUAGACUUUUCUCAUGGUUUGACAAUCUUCGAAAAAUGUCCAAGAGCUGUAGAACCAUUAUGGGUAGAAGGUGCUGGCCAUAAUGAUGUAGAAUUAUAUAACGUGUACUUAGAAAGACUUAAACAAUUCGUCAGUGUCGAACUUGCCAACUGACAAACAAUAGAUUUCGAUGAAUACAAUUUUUGUUCAGAUACAUCAAGUUCCUUAACUGAAAAGUGCUCUAAAUAAAAGGAGAAAAUCCUGUGGUCACCGCAAUUCUACUUGAAGUUCAAAGUGUUUAUGAAAGAUUCUUAAGGGACAUGUGUUUAACAUUCUGGAACAUUUAUUAAAUUAUUCGGACAAUCUCUUCUUAAGUGAUGCAAUGUUUAAAUGUAGAUAAGGACAAUUCAGUGAUAUCCAUCAUUAUAUUAUUUUUUUUACAAAUAAGAUUGUUUCUGUUUUUACCACUUGAUAUGAGAUGAAAAAUGAGUUCAAAUGUGUGUACCUGAAGGUAAAUAAGUUGUGAACUGAAGUACUGCACAUGAGAAAAUGGCAUAUUUGUAACCUUCUAUAUACACCUGCCCUAAAAUUAAAACUUUAUCUUUACUUCCUUUUUUUUUGUGAAUACAUAAUUUAAGACAAAAAUUAAAUUCAAUUUCACAAGCCCAGCUUUUUGUGUGAGAAAACUUAGCUGUGUAUGAAUCAGUCUAAAACUGAUGGAAUAUAUGCUCUCAAGACAUUGAAUGAGUUUGCUCUGAACCCGCUGAAGAAUAUUAGUUUCACAUUCAAGUCAUUCAUGAGUCAGAACAGGUACGAGUGAACUCGUUUUCGAAUUCUCUAAUAUGUAAAAACUAGAACCCUUGUAAAUGGGAAAUUUCUCAUAGGUAAUGCGGGAUAUAUUUUUCACAUCCUUGCAAUGUUCAUAAAAUGGGAAGUUUUCUCAUUGCUUAGUAAUUUUUAAUACCAUCGCUAUUUCAUAUUACACUAUUUAUUACGAUACAUGUUUUAAAAGUUCUAAUCCUUUUGAAAUACAUAAUUGUUCAAUUACCAAUUUGUGUAUAUAAUUGAAGUGAAGAAAAUUCCACAAAAAUAGAUAUCAAUCUUACUAUUAUAUUAAGUGAUCUUUAUUGUACUGGCUGAAUUCUUCCGUGAAUCUUGAGAAAAAUUGGAUUGAAUUUGAUCAAGCAUUUUCCGAUAAACUUUUGUUCAUGAAGCUGACUACUUGUAGUCCGCCAAUUUCUGUCAUUGUUGUAGUUUUACUUCAUAACAUUGUAAGAGUUAUGAACAAAAACGAAAUGUGCAUUUUUCAAUGCGGUAACUACUUUCCUGUGUAAACAGGCUGUUUACUAUUUUAUGUGAUUAGAAGAUGUAUUUUGAAUUUUCAAAGUACAAUGUGCAAUAGUGAUAUUUUGACAGAGUUUUUGUUCAUAUCAAUUUACGCAGGAAUUGUGCUGUUCAUUUUGAUCUCACUGUACACUUAAUACUUUAUCAGAAGGUUUAAAUAUUUAUUGCUCGAAAAAUAACAAUCUGUUCGAAUGAGUGACAAAAAUUCAAUUGAAUAGGUAUAAAUUUGGACAUCUACCAUCAGAAGUUCCACAAUUUGGCAUCGAUGAGUAAUUUAGAAUAACAAAUGUUAAUUGAAUAUGAGCUGUUUAAUUAUUUAAGAUGAGUAGCUUCAAUUUUUACCAUUCCAAAUCAGACUUUGUUUGAAUGAUUAAACAAUUUGUAUAAUUUUCACAAUAUCAAGCUUAGCCGAAUUUUCCUUUAUCUCAUUCUCAUAACUUUAAUUUUUUAUCUAAAUGGUAUAUGUUGUGCUUCCACAUCAAAUUUGGUAUUUCUCAAACAUUUAUAUGUUUAUAACACAAAAUUCAAUUAAUAAAAAACAUGAAAAUGCCACCAAUGUUCCAUUUCAAAUGCCAAAUUGACAAUAAGCAUAUAACAUUCAUCCCAGUUACUCCCUUAAUUAGUCAUAUUGAAAUUUAUAUUUUUUUCAGAAAAUUAUUGUUGAUCCAUAUUAUACAUUUGUAUUGUUUUAUUGUUUAUAACUAAAGGGUAAAAUUUCAGAAAAACAUUAUCUGAAAUAUUCGAGAUUCCUCUUGUUAUUUUCAAGCAUAAUGAUUUUUUUUACUGAUUUUUUCCAAUAAAUUAUAUUUGACUGAA